AGUUUCACUGGAAGCGAGGAUUCGAAUAAAAUUUCAGAGGCUCCCCAUCACUUGGGCCGAUUGUAUCGCUUUUGACUCCAUGGCGCUCUCUAGAGCCUCCAACUUUUAACUGUAUUCCCUCAAGUUUUUGCAGCGAUUUUGCUACAACUGGAAACAACAGAGGCCUCGAGAAAUCGAGGGAGUUGGAACAUUGGAGGGGUUUCUCUUCCUCUUUGCAUUCAUGGCAGAAUCUGGAAAUUCUUCUCUUUUUCCUUCUUCAUCAUCAUCAUCAUCAUCAUUAUCGGGCAUUCAGAAUCUCUGUUAGUCGGUGGACAAAAAACUCUAAUUUUGCAUGAAUGGUCUUCUUGCGUGGGAAGAUGGUCCCGAUCUUUCUAGGGUUAUGGACUUUGGCCUUCGGCAUCUUAAUACCAGUUUAUGCAAAAACCAAUGCGCAAGAUGUCUCUGCUCUCAAUGUGAUGUAUAGCAGCUUAAAUUCUCCGCAAAAAUUGACUUCUUGGAAAUCAAGUGGAGGUGAUCCUUGUGGCGAGUCUUGGAAAGGAAUCAAGUGUUCAGACUCAUCUGUGACAGAAAUAAAGCUAUCUGGUCUUGGAUUGACUGGAUCUAUGGGCUAUCAGCUGUCAAGCUUGAAAUCUGUAACCUACUUCGAUUUGAGCAAGAACAACCUCAACGGGAACAUACCAUAUCAGCUUCCGCCCAAUGCUGUUCACAUAAACCUUGCUAAAAAUGGCUUUACUGGUAGUGUGCCUUAUUCUACUUCUCAAAUGGCGGAUCUUAAAGAACUAAAUCUUGGUCACAAUCAGCUCAAUGGCCAGUUAACUGAUAUGUUUGGCAAACUCUCUAAACUCACUCUUCUGGAUCUCUCAUUCAAUAGCCUGACUGGAAAACUACCUCAGAGUUUGGGAUCGCUCUCCAGUCUUACUACAUUGUAUUUGCAGAAUAAUCAGUUCACUGGUCCAAUAACUGUCCUUGCAAGACUUCCCCUUGAUGACUUGAAUGUUGCAAAUAACCAGUUUAGUGGCUGGAUCCCUAAGGAAUUGAAGGAUAUAGACAAUAUUGAAACUGGAGGAAACUCUUGGUCUUCAGGGUCUGCUCCUCCACCUCCGCCAGGUACACCUGCAAUUCCUAAACGUCACAAGCGUUCUUCCGAAGGUGAAAAAAAGUCGGGUUUGAGUGGAUUAGCUAUUGGAGGGAUAGUAAUUGGUGUAUUGGUGGUAAUUGUGAUUCUGAUCGCUUUAUUUUCACGGCGGAAAUCUUCUUCAUCUUCACAUUAUCUUGAUGAUGAGAAGCUUAGCCAGCGGAGAUCUUUUACCCCCUUAGUAUCGCAGGAAUUAUCUUUCUCAAGGCACUAUCCCCCUGAUCCCAAGAGCUUCAGAGAACUCAGGUCUGUGGAUUCUUCAUCUUCAAUAGACAUGAAGUCUUUGCAAACAUCUCCUUCAGUUCAUCUUAAGCCACCACCUUCUGAUUGGAUGGAAUCAUGUAAUGAAACCGAAUCCACAAGCAGACUUGGCAAAAGAAGCACAUCUGUUCACACUAGAGCUUUUACCUUGGCAGAUAUACAGGCUGCAACCGGUAACUUUGCCACAGGCCGCCUUUUGGGUGAAGGAAACAUAGGACGCGUUUAUAGGGCGAAAUAUGCAGAUGGGAAGGUUCUGGCUGUGAAAAAGAUAGACUCUGCACUUCUUCAAAGUUCUGGCCCCGAAGAUUUCUCUGGAAUAGUUUCAAACAUCUCAAAAUUACACCAUCCAAAUAUUGCUGAACUUAUUGGGUAUUGUUCAGAGCAAGGUCACAAUCUGCUAGUCUAUGAGUACUUUAGGAAUGGAUCACUUCAUGAUUUCCUACACCUGUCAGACGACUAUAGUAAGCCUCUUACAUGGAACACCAGAAUCAGGAUUGCUCUAGGCACAGCCCGUGCAGUGGAGUAUCUACAUGAGAUCUGUUCCCCAUCCUGCAUGCACAAAAACAUUAAAUCAGCCAACAUUUUGCUUGAUGCAGAACUCAAUCCCCGCCUCACAGAUUCUGGUUUGGCAAACUUUCAUCAGCGCACAAGCCAAAACCUGGGGGUUGGAUACAACGCUCCGGAGUGCACAAAGCCGUCUGCAUUUACACUGAAGAGUGAUGUCUACAGCUUCGGAGUGGUCAUGUUGGAACUUUUGACAGGUCGGGUGCCUUAUGACAGUUCAAAACCAAGAAUGGAACAGUCCCUGGUCCGGUGGGCCACACCACAACUUCAUGACAUUGAUGCAUUGGGCAAGAUGGUGGACCCAGCUCUGCAUGGGCUGUACCCUCCCAAGUCACUAUCUCGAUUUGCUGAUGUCAUUGCUCUAUGUGUCCAGUCGGAGCCAGAAUUCCGGCCACCUAUGUCAGAGGUCGUUCAGGCACUCGUCAGGCUAGUUCAGCGUUCAAGUAUGACUAAGAGAGGAGACGAUGCUAGUGCUUCUCGACGGACGGAAGAUGAUUACUUUUGAGAUAAUAAUUUUUAUUUGGAUAUUAUACAUGUAAAGCACUACUUAAAAAGGAAAAGAAUCACACCUUUUUAUCAUUAUCUUUUUCUUUUUU